UUCGUGUUUGGCGGUGGAUGACGCUGCCGCCGCCGCCGCCGCCGCUCACGCGAAUUGUAUAAGUAACGAAUGGCCAUGUACAAGGAUCGCCACGGCCUUCUGUGCGAUGUGUUGGCAUCAUCGACCACGCACGGCGUACUGUAACCGUUCUUCGGUGUUGUCGCCCGAGUUUAACGGCGAUAUCACCUUUUAUGGCUGCCCGGCUGAUCGGGUGUACCCCUCCCAGGGCCUGUGAAAUGUGACCUUAUUUCGAGGUAAUAUUCGCUGCAAAAGGUUUUUGGCGUCUGACUCUUGCGCCGAUCAGUUUUAAUUUUAUUAAAAGUUUGUCUUUUGACUGUUAUGAUAACGUGUAUCGCGUGAAGCGGUUAUGCAACGUGCGAUUAUUCCACGGUAGUAAAUCCUGAUAUCUCCUUUUCCAUCCGUCCGAUUCAUUCCUAAAGGGAAAAUUAUGUCAUAACAAAUCGAACCAACCUUUCUGCCCCAUGAAUAAUUGCACUGUUACCGUAGCUAUAGGCGACGGAAAGGUUACCUCCCGUUACCACUGUUGGGUUCCUAGUUACCUACGCGGUGAUCGUGUUUUUCUGUACCCACGCUUGCGCCAGACACUGCGAAGUUUUUCCAACGUUUUUGUCGAUAGUGGAAGGAUUUUCAAAAACGGCUUCCAACACUAGAACCACAAUUCGAAAUGGCUAUAAAUGUGUAUUCGACUAAUGUGACUUCAGAUAACCUAAGUCGUCAUGACAUGUUAGCAUGGGUAAAUGAUACUUUGUCUGCAAAUUUUACAAAAAUAGAAGAAUUAUGUUCAGGUGCUGCCUAUUGUCAAUUUAUGGAUAUGUUAUUUCCUGGUAGUGUGCAAAUGAAGCGAGUCAAGUUUAGAACAAAUCUCGAACAUGAAUAUAUACAAAAUUUUAAAAUUCUCCAAGGCGCUUUUAAAAAGAUGACAGUUGACAAGAUAGUACCUAUAGAUAGGCUGGUCAAGGGACGUUUUCAGGAUAAUUUCGAGUUUUUGCAAUGGUUCAAAAAGUUUUUUGAUACCAAUUAUCAAAUGAAUGAAUACGACCCAGUAGGUGCGCGCAGUGGUGAGGGUAUGGGAUCAACCAUACUAGCAGCCAGAGGAGGUCCUGUCAAAAAGCCAUCAGCAGCAGUACCGCCUAGAAAUGCUACUAUCGCUAAUCGUUUGUUCCGUCCCGCGAGUAACAGCAAUAUGUCAAAUCGUGUACCUUCUACAAGACCAGCACCACAUGCUAGUCAGCGUGAUAGAGGUGAUCAUAAAAUUGAUGAACUUACUAGACAGAUGAGCGAACUACGAGUUACAGUUGAAGGUUUGGAAAAAGAACGUGAUUUCUAUUUUGGUAAACUGCGUGAUAUUGAAGUGAUAUGCCAGGAACAAGAAAGUGAACAUCCAUUAUUUUCUAAAGUAUUGGAAAUUCUUUAUGCUACUGAGGAAGGAUUUGCUGCUCCCGAAGAGGUUGACGCUAACAAUCAUGAUGAUGAUGAAGCUUACUAAUAGUCUCUUAUUUAAUUUUUUUUUUAUUACUCAAUUAUGAUUUUUUUUAAAUAUUUAUUAUAUUUUACAGUACUCAAUAUAAUAAACUGCUAAAAGCACAUGUUCAAAAU